CAACCAAUCUAGCUGUUAGUUUACGAGCAACAGUUACUAUGAAUUCAGUCUUCAUACCCCAAAGGAUUGCACCAGCUUGCUUAAAUGCCGAAUUAGCAAUAGAUGGCAAUUUGAACCCUUGUUUUGGAUUAUGUGCUGCUACAGCUCAAUCUACUAAUCCUUGGCUUCGUGUUGACUUGAAGAAGGAAUUCUUUGUUUCAAGUGUUCAAGCUGUUCUUUAUUCUGGUAGACAUACAAGUGUCUAUGUUUAUGUUGGUAACAAUUUAGCAAACAACGGGAAUGACAAACAUGAAUGUGGAAAGGCUCCCGACUCUCUGAUUUGGAGAAAUGUUCCUUGCAACUCAUCAGUUUGGGGAAGAUACAUUAAUUUACAGAGAAUAGUGACAAAUCACUUUGUUCAUGUGUGUGAGAUGGCUUUCAACUAUGAGUUGGAGAUUGCUAUUCUAGACAAUAACAUGUAUAUUGAAGGAACAAGUGUGGCAGUUGAUGAUAAUCAAGAUUACUCUAAUCCUAUUGAUUGUGGUGUCAGUCCUGAUGUGACCAACUUUAAUGCUCUCUUGCAAUGGAAACACAACACAACCAAUGAUGUACCAUCUUCAAGUGUACAGACUACUGGUGUAUAUCAGGUGUAUGAGAAUGGUGUGCAGCUGCUCUACAUCAAGUCAGCUAGUGUCUCUUUCAAUAGUUUGUAUACAUGUCAAUAUACUGCAACUACUGGCUCUGUAGUGUCAAAGUCAUUUACACUGAAUGUUCAUGUGGUGGAUUGCAUUUGGGGUAGUUGGAGUUCAUGUAGUGUUGAAUGUGGAAAUGGCACCAGAACUCGGCAGAUUAGUCAAGCAGCUACAAUGAGUGGUCAGAUGUGUAGAGGACCAUUGCCUGAGAUCUGCAUAGUCACAUCUUGUAUGGCAACCAAUCUAGCUAAAUCUCUUGGAGUAACAGUGAUCAUGAGUUCAGUCUACAAUUCUGUGUUUGUUGCUGCAAAGGCUAUAGAUGGCAAUCCAAAAGAUGUUACUGGACCGACACUUGUUGGUACUGAUUGUGCUGCUACAAAAUCUUCCUUGAAUCCUUGGCUUCGAGUUGACUUGCAAAAGGCAUAUCUUGUGUCACGUGUUAGAAUUAUCCCUAUAGAUGAUAGAGGUGAAAAUGUGUAUGUUCAUGUUGGUAACAGCUUAACAAACAAUGGGAAUGGAAUGACAACAACAAUUGUGGAAAGGCUCCAUAUGACAUCUCUAAUGACUUUAUAUAAAGGUAGCAUUGUUGAUCUCGUAUUGACCAAAGGCGGCACCGAUCACAUUCUGAUGAUUCAAGCGACGAAGACACACCCGCGGCAAAAAGGGAGUGGCUGGCGGUAA